ACAAGCAGUGUUGCAGCGUUGGAUGCUCCACGUUAGACUUGACCAAGCCGAACGGCCAAUCAUAUAGUUAAGAAGUUAGCAUCGAUAGUACCAGUCAGCUUACGGUCAUAACACAUCUGUAGGAUUCACCUUUAUUACAAAGUCAAUUUGUCUUACCAUUGAACAUGGGUCUAACUGCAACAAAAUCAGACCCAUUGUUGCCCGUGAUACUAUUUGCUUUUUCAUGUGCUACCCUUUGCGAUCAUCAUGUUAACGCAGUGCCAGUGCGUUUGGUGAAUGGAAACACACCCAGUGAAGGGAGAGUAGAAAUUUCCUACCAAAACCAGUGGGGAACAAUUUGCCACAGUGGCUGGAGCAUCAGGGAGGCCAGUGUCGUCUGCAGACAACUUGGCUACCGUUCUGCAUCCCAGGCCUGGCGUGGUGCUCAUUUUGGUCGAGGCUCAGGCCCAAUUUUCCUCAAUAAUGUUCAAUGCGAUGGAUAUGAAACCAACAUUGAUCAGUGUGAUCAUACGGGAUGGAUUAAUCACUACUGCAAUCAUAAUAGUGACGUCGGGGUGACGUGCGAAACAACUGUAGCCUUUCCAGCGGUAGUUCGUCUUGUUGGUGGACGCAUGCCAAAUGAGGGUACAGUGGAAGUGUUCUACCGCUGCGAUUGGGGUACCAUCUGCGGUGGUCACUGGGGUAUCGAUGAGGCAAAUGUUGUCUGUCGUCAGCUUGGCUACCCUUCCGCAACCCAAUCCUGGCGGAAUGCUCAAUUUGGUGGAGGAUCUGGACCGAUUCUCCUCACCAGUGUUGUCUGUCAUGGUAGUGAAUCAAGCAUUGAACAAUGCGAUCACAGUGGAUGGUAUAAUCACGGUUGCCGGUAUCAUAGAUAUGAUGUAGGGGUGACUUGCAACACUACAUCUGCCAACCCAAGUCCAGUUCGCCUUACUAAUGGUAAUAAUCCUUUUGAGGGGCGAGUAGAGAUUUACCAUGAUGGUCAGUGGGGUACAGUCUGCGAUGAUGGCUGGAGCCUUGAUGAAGAAGCCAGUGUGAUCUGUCGACAACUAGGCUUCCCUCCUGCGUCUCAGGUCUGGAAGAAUGCUCACUUCGGUCAAGGAUCGGGGCAAAUCUUUCUGAACAGUGUUACAUGUAAUGGUAGCGAAUCAAGGAUAGAUCAGUGUGAGCACGAAGGGUGGAUCAGUAAUAACUGCAGUCAUUCGAGAGAUGUUGGAGUGACUUGUGGGGAGCCAGUUGAAGAAUCGACAUCUACGCCAGUUCCAGUGCGUCUAGUGAAUGGAAAUGCACCAAAUGAGGGAAGAGUAGAAGUGUACUACAGAUGCAACUGGGGUACAAUCUGCCAGCGACGCUGGAGUAUCAAAGAUGCCAACGUCAUCUGUCGACAGCUUGGCUACCCGUCUGCUUCCCAAGCUUGGUACAGCGCACAUUUUGGACAAGGAUCAGGACCGAUCCUCUUGGACUUAGUUGACUGUACUGGGCAUGAAAUCAGCAUCGACCAGUGCACUCACAGUGGAUGGUUCAGUCAUAAUUGUUAUCACACUUCAGAUGUUGGAGUAACGUGUGAUGUUACAGCCCCCUCUUCAGUUCCUGUUCGUCUUGUUGGUGGGAACGUGCCUAGUGAAGGAAGAGUUGAGCUCUACUACGAAUGCAACUGGGGUACAAUCUGUGAUUAUUCAAACGUGUGGACAAUCUCAAACGCUAAUGUUAUUUGCCGCAGCCUUGGCUAUCCGUCUGCAUCUCAGGUCUGGCGAAGGGCUCACUUUGGACAAGGGUCAGGCCCGGUUGUGCUAGCCAAUGUUGUCUGUGAUGGAACUGAAUCGAGUAUUGAGCAGUGUGAUCAUAGAGGAUGGUAUGAUUACUAUAACGGAUGCAGUCACGCGUACGACAUUGGAGUGACUUGUAAUGGCGAUACUACUUCCCCCAUUCCACUACGUCUUGUCAACGGUUCUACUUCAUAUGAAGGCAGAGUGGAAGUGUACUACCGUAACCAGUGGGGCACCGUCUGUGAUGAUGGCUGGGACAUUGAGGACGCCAAUGUCAUCUGUAGACAGCUUGGCUACCCUUCUGCGUCAGUAGCCCACCUGAAUGGUUAUUUUGGAGAAGGAUCGGGACUAAUUGUUCUGCACAAUGUCACUUGUAAUGGCACUGAAUCGAGCAUCGAUCAAUGCGAUCACAGUGGGUGGUCGAUUAAUAACUGCAACCAUGACAAGGAUGCUGGAGUGACUUGCAACAUUCUGAGUCCAUCCCCAGUUUCAGUACGCCUUGUUAAUGGCAGUACAUCUAACGAAGGGAGAGUAGAAGUCUACUUUAAGUGCCAUUGGGGUACAGUCUGUCACCGUGAGUGGACCAUUAGAGAUGCCAACGUCAUCUGUCGGCAGCUGGGCUACCCGUCUGCAUCCCAAGCCUGGAAGUAUGCUCACUUUGGUCGUGGAUCUGGACCUAUUCUCCUUACCAAUGUUGCAUGCCAUGGCAAUGAAUCAAGUAUUGACCAAUGUGAGCACAGCGGAUGGUAUGUGAAUUCAGGUUGCAACCAUUACUAUGACGUUGGAGUAACUUGUCACCUUGUACCUCCUCCAACAGUGCCCAUUCGUUUGAUCGGUGGCGACUCACCUAACGAGGGUAGCGUAGAGGUGUACUACAGCGGCCAUUGGGGAAGUGUAUGUAGUUCUUCGUGGAGGAUUGAGGAAGCUAACGUCGUCUGUCGUCAACUUGGAUACCCAUCAGCGUCUCAAGCAUGGCAACAUGCUUACUUUGGACGUGGGACAGGACCCGUUGCUCUGGAGAAUGUUGCCUGUGAUGGACAUGAAUUAAGUAUUGACCAAUGUGACCAUAGCGGAUGGUUCGUUAAUCAAGACUGCAAUCAUAAUUCUGAUGUUGGAGUGGUUUGCGGUCUUACAGCUCCUCCCCAAAGUUUAGUACGACUUGUUGAUGGUAGCAGCCCUUACGAAGGCACAGUGGAAAUUUACUACCAGUGUUACUGGGGGAUGAUAGCGGAUUACGAUUGGACCAUCGAAGAUGCCAAUGUUAUCUGUCGCCAGCUCGGCUACCCUUCUGCUUCACGUGCUCUUCAUUAUGGAAACUUUGGACAAGGGUCAGGGCCGAUUCUGUUGGCAUAUGUUGAAUGUGAUGGGCAUGAAUCAAGCAUCGACCAGUGCGACCACAGUGGUUGGUUUUCACAUGAUUACUACUAUUACAUCCUUGGUGUUGGAGUUGAAUGUAAUGUUACAUUGUUUGAGUCAGUUGUUGUGCGUCUCGUCAAUGGAACCAACCCAUAUGAAGGCAGAGUGGAAGUGUACUACCAAGACCAGUGGGGCACGGUCUGUGAUGACGGUUGGAGCAUUGAAGACGCCAACGUUAUCUGUCGACAACUUGGCUUACCUCCUGCAUCCCAAGCCUGGCGUGGCGGGCACUUUGGUCAAGGCUCAGGAUCGAUUCUCUUAAGUAGUGUAGCUUGCAAUGGCACUGAAUCAAGUAUCGACCAAUGCAGCCAUGAUGGCUGGCUGAAUCAUAGUUGCAGUCAUGCAGACGAUGUUGGAGUAACUUGUGGAGAAACGCGCGACGUCUCUACUCUUUCAAUCGUCUCAGUUCGAUUGGUAGACGGGAAUACUCCUUAUGAAGGUCUAGUCGAAGUUUACGAUAGCUGCCAAUGGGGCAAUAUCGGGGGCUACGGAUGGAGCAUUAAAGAGGCUGUCGUUGUCGUCGACAGCUUGGCUACCUUUCUGCAUCUCAGGCCUGGGAGAGUUACUAUUACCGCCGAGGAUCGGGGCUGGUUCUCAUUUCAAAUGUUAGGUGCCAUGGAAACGAGACAAACAUUACUCAGUGUGAUUAUGACACCAAUUGCAGUCCGACUUGCUGAUGGGACCUCGCCUCAUGAAGGUAGAGUGGAAGUCUACUAUAAGUGUCAAUGGGGUACAAUUUGCAGUAGCAGCUGGGACAUUGAAGAUGCAAACGUCAUCUGUCGACAGCUUGGCUACCCUUCUGCAUCUCAGACCUGGACUGGAGCUCGGUUUGGUCAGGGCACAGGGCCGAUUCUACUAAACUCUGUUGGAUGUAAAGGUGACGAAUCCACCAUCGAUCAGUGUGAUCAUAGCGGUUGGUUUAGUAACAACUGUUAUUAUCACGGUAAUGAUGUGGGAGUGACAUGUGACGUAACCGACCUUUCAACUGUUUUAGUGCGCCUCGUCAACGGCACAACCCCAUACGAAGGCACCGUGGAAGUGUUCUACCAAAACCAGUGGGGCACGGUCUGUGAUGACGGUUGGAACAUUGAAGACGCCAACGUCAUCUGUCGACAGCUUAACUUACCUCCAGCAUCCCAGGCCUGGCGUAGCGGGCACUUUGGUCAAGGCUCAGGACCAACUCUGCUGCAUGUAGCUUGCAACGGCACGGAAUCAAGUAUUGCCCAGUGUGAUCAUGGUGGAGAGAUUCCCCAUAGAUGUAUCAACCAAGGUGGUGCUGGGGUGACUUGUGGAGAAUACCACUUCAAUGCGACCUCCGAACGAGUCUCCGUACGUCUCGUGAAUGGAAAGACCCCCAACGAAGGACGAGUCGAAGUGUUUUACAAAUGCUUCUGGGGUACAAUCUGCCACCGUGGUUGGACGAUCAGAGAUGCCCACGUCAUCUGUCGACAACUUGGCUACCCUUCUGCAUUACAAGCCUGGACCAACGCCCACUUUGGGCAAGGCUAUGGACCCAUUCUCCUGGACAACGUUGCCUGCGAUGGAACAGAAGAUAGUAUUGAGCAGUGCAGUCACGAUGGAUGGUUUAACAGCCGCUGUGGACAUUACAGCGAUGCUGGAGUGACUUGUAACACGGACACUGAUGUAACGUUGCCACCACUAGAUACCGAGCGUCCAAUCAUAAUAUGUCCUGCAAGCUUAACAGUUGAGACGGACGCCGGUCAGAAUGUUGCCACCGUCUCUCUUCCUGCGCCUGUAUCUGUUUCUGACAACUCGGGAAUGGUUUCGAUAGUCAUCAAUCUUGAAGGUUCUGCACAGAAUUACAAUUAUGAGGUUAACGAAGACAUCAUAUUGAGCCUACUGGGAUCCCCACACUUGCUGCAAUACAUCGCAUUCGACGAUUCACACAAUAGAGCAUUAUGUGACAUGAACAUUAUAGUUAUAGAUAACGAAUCACCUGAAAUCUUCGGCUGUCCUGAUGACGUCAUUAUUCCUGUCAUGUCAUCGUCUGAUCAGGUAUCCUAUAGCUGGAUGCCCCCUGUCACAUUGGACAACUCCGAUUCUGAGGUAAAUGUGGUAUUUACCUGUUUGGUAACCUCACCUAAUGAAUGCUACCAACAUGGUCUCGGUACGUUCUCAGCAGGGCUGUCUACUGUGAAAUACACGGCUAGAGAUAAGUCAGGGAAUGCUAACGUCUGCGAGUUCACCGUCACCGUAGCAGUUGUGGCUAUUGUAUGCCCAGCAAAUGUGACGAGUUUAGCUAGUCCCGGUUGGAAUCGAACCAGCGUGAACUGGAUUGUACCGGAUUUAACUGGAUGGGAUGGACCAACCAACUUCACGUCAAACGCCAAUCCUGGUGAUGUGUUCCUCAUUGGAACUCACAGAAUCAUUUACCAGCAGUGGUUUUCUCUACAUAAAGUGGUUUUGACAUGUUCCUUCUUUGUGACAGUUGCGGGUCAGUGUGAGUCUGAAGAAUACAGCGGACUUACGUGGCCUGUGACGUCAGCGGGGUCUGUGGCAAAGUCUGUUGAGAGGUGCUCACUGAUGACAACAAAUGCCGGUCAACCGCUUGCUGUGAGGAAUUGUUCAAUUUUGGAGCCUCCUGUAUACUUUCGAUGGGAACAGCACGAACCUCGUGGAUGCGGUGACAACAAGAACGAAGUUACACUUGAGGACGUUGAAGAGGUUGAGGUCAGCCUUGGGAAUGUCCUUGAAGUAGUAGAAUUCGUUGCUAAUGAGACGUCAGAGCAAAGUAAGGUUGCAGAAGAUAUCAAAGUGGUCUCUAAUAUUUUAGAGAACAUCGUUGGAGCUGGAUCUGGUGACACCAAGGUUACUGAGUUAGUGGUGGAAACCGUCAACAAUGUCAUAGAGAAUGCUGGGGCGGCUACCGACACCAAACCCACCCAAAUCGAUGCAGGAAGCUCCUCAGCCAUCGUCCAGUCCGUAGAAAUCCAAGUUUCCUUGACCCUUCAGCAAGAAGGUCUGGUUAGUUUACAGCAGGACUCCAUCCACAUUGAGGCGAUCAGUCUGGACCCUUUGCAGGCAAGGGACGGUCUCAGUUUUGUAUCUGUAAAAGAGGCCACUGUUCUGCCACCUGGACAAGAGUCACCCCAAGAGGGCAGAUCACUUGCUGGUACAGAGAUCAGAAGAUUAAAUAGCAGUGUAAUACCAGAGGACUUCGAUGUCUUGGCCUCAGCUAGGCUACCAAGCAAUAUUGUCGACCUGUUAGUGUCCCCUGACGGAAAGCCCUCUGCUAAGCUUCAAGUCAGCUUUUUGAUCUACGCAGAUGACACGUUGUUCCAGUCUGUCUCAAUCAAGGAGCAUCGAGGAGAGAAUAACUCGACUCGUAAGGUAGCUGGAUCUGUCGUCUCACUAACUGUGGAAAAUAUCGAACUUGUCAACCUCACUGAACCAAUCGUCAUCGAGUUUAAGACACCAGAUAAUGUAACGGACGAAGAGUUGCAGACGAUCCAGUGUGUCUCCUGGGAUUUUAAUCUCGAGGGUGGAGUCGGUGAUUGGUCAUCAGCUGGCUGUAAGCGGGCCAGAUUGACCAAUGACAGAGUAUCGUGUGAUUGUUACCACGCCACCAACUUUGCUAUCCUUCUGGACGUCAAGGGCCAGGUACCCGAAAACACUCCUGCCCAGAGAGCGCUCGAUGUCAUCAGUCAGGUCGGCUGUGCCUUGUCAAUCAUAGCUCUGGCCGUCACGUUGAUUAUAUACCUAGCUAUCAGGAAGUUACGAAGUGGUAUAUCUCGUCAGAUUUUCAUUCAAUUUUGCUUAUCCCUGUUCCUGCUGUACAUCGUGUUCCUUGCUGGUAUUGACACUGGAAAAGCCUCUGUGGGUGGUUGUGCGUUUGUUGCUGCUUUACUCCACUACUUGACUCUAUCCACUAUGAUGUGGAUGGCUGUUGAAGCCAGGAACAUGUAUAUCAGUACGGUGAAGGUGUUCCCAGAAGACAGGCCUUGGUACAUGCUCAAGGCUUGCGUCAUUGCUUGGGGAUUUCCACUGAUUGUUCUGACGAUCACACUGGCUGCAGCUACCAAUCACUACAGCACUGUGCACUACUGUUUCCUGCGACCUGGUCUGGUGCUGUACAUUGGUCUCCUUACUCCCAUCGGUCUCAUCCUCAUCCAUAACAUCGUCACUUUCGUCUUGGUCAUGCGUAGUCUCCUGAAGGUUAAAGAGGUAUCACGCUCCCAGCAGAUCUCCAAACGCCUCCAGAAUGCUGUGGGUAUCUCCACCCUCAUGGGACUGACCUGGUGUUUUGGGUUCCUGGCCAUCAAUGAAGCGGCAAUUGCCUUCCAGCUCAUCUUCUGUCUUGCAAACUCUUUUCAGGGUGUGAUCAUCUUUAUUAUGUUUUGCGUUCGUCGUGAGGAGGUUCGUGCUGCUGUCUCACCCUACUUGAGAGUUAUCACCCGCCGUUUGCCAAGCUCACGUCCUCCAAAGUCCAGCGACGCAGAGCUGAUGUCGACCUCGGCAGUUCCUUCUUUACCAUCCAGUGUCCAAACUUCGACCUAUGAAGUUUCUAUAUCCGGAAUCUAGUAAGAAUACACGAGCAGACUUGUCAACGGGGGAAGUUUACAGAUUUUUACUCCAUUCCCUCCGUUACCUCCUGUAGUAGUUUUUGUCGUUCAUGUUUGCAAAAAAAGUAUCAAUUAUUAGGAAAACGUAAAGUGUGUCUGGUUAUUAAAUGUCAUCUUGAAGAUUACCUGUAGUCUGUUUGACCCAACUCUACCUGGACCUUGCUUGACAUGAACAAUUUGGAACUGUUUUAACAAUGUAAUCUUUCUCUUUUGCAUUAGUUAAUAUGUACCGUAAUAAUUAAAACACCAGCUUGGAUUGUAUCUUACUGCAUUUAUUAGACGUAUACAACAGCGGAAUUUGAAAUUUAAAUAUUAAAUGUUUUCUUAAUUUUUCUUGAUAAUGAAAUCUUUAACGGGUAGUUGGUAAUGCUAUUUUCAGAAAGGGAAUGCAGUUGUUCGUAAUCAUUCCUACACGGAAAUUAUUAUGCUAGAGUGCUUGUUAGUUACUUGGGGUACGGAGAAUUACUUGAAUGUGUUUCUAUUUAGAGUAAAAAAUAUGUGUUAUGAUUAUGCAAGAGUUUUAAUCAAAUAGUUGAAUUUUUGGCUAUUUUGUCCAUAUAUAUUCUUGAAUUAAAUGUGGUUGUACCAUUGCAGGCUUGGCAUUAAUUUACACACUGAUGAACAUAUUAUUACUUCAUUCUUAAUUAAUAAUUACUUUAAUUAAUCCAGUCUAACUUUAUUUAUACAUGAAUUAAACAUAGAGCUUCUGUCCUAGAUCCUGCUGGGCCUGCAAUGGUGUAGACAGACUUUAGGGAUGGAUUGGGGCAAAAGGAGCUGAGAGUCCCAUGGCGGAAUUUCCCCUGCCCCCGGGGUAGAUUUUACUUGAUAGGCGGCUUUUUCAAGAACUUCGUGAAGUAGCAUUUUGUCCCUGGUAAAGUAAAGCAGUAAAGUAACGCGCCACAGAUGGCGUGGCGACAGCCUCUCAUAAAAUCCUAAUUUCGGGGGGGGGGCAAGAUAUAGGGUAAGAAUAGUGCGCCGAAGCUACCCGGCUUAGAUGAAACAAGCAUACCACUGGGUUCUGGCUAUUAAAGUUGAAUAACUACACCCCAUCGAAGAGCCUCGGUGUUUUGAAUGUUCAAGGAUAGCUUAGGCAAUAGUGCUCUUUAACCUGAAAAUGCACACUUCGUAUUGUUCGUGGAGCUGAGUAAAUGUAAAUUGGGUGCAGUUUCAGUCUCCUAAAUCAUAUGUUUCAUUAUUUUUCAUAGAUUUAGUGUUUUUACUGUAAACAAUUUGACUUCUGAAAUGAAUAUUCAAAUUAUUCCAGUACAAGUAACUACUACGUUUCAAAUGUCAAACUAAUUAUUAAGUGGUCCCUGUUUUGUUAUCUUGUCCUGAAUAUCCUGAUAGAUGUACAGAAGAAUAAAAUGUCUUAAGGGCCUUUUGGGAAGAGUGGGUCAAAAAUGCGCAUUUCCUAUGUUGAAAUUCGUGUGGAAUACACUAUCGCGUUCACCAUUUAUACAAUUAAACACUCUUUCUUAUCCUUGUGUGAGAUGUGAGGCAGACCUAUAUAAUGGAGUAAAAUGAUAUGACUCUAUCAUGACAAAUAAAUCCUUGGAGUGGUUCCGUUCGGUUCGCCCAAGGAAGCCCAUCAUCAUCACCAGGAACGAGCACGCAUAACGUCUGUCCGUCAUCGUAGCCAUACGUCUACUCGUAUAUGCUUGCAGCUUGUUCUCUGAUAACCUUUGCUAGCUCUGUCGAAUACGGUAGCUUAAGUGACCAUCCGUGUUACCGCGUUACCGAGUUAAUUUGUUGUGGAAACAGAAAAACACACACUGCAUAAUACUGAUUUCAGAUCCUCCAAAACACGAAGUUCAACGAUAACGCUUGUGGGAAUAUCGAUUUCAAUGAUCAUUCAUCUCUGAAAUGCAUAAUUCAGAGAUAAAGGGUCUCAGAAUCACGGAAUUCAACGAUAAUGUAUCUUGGAAACCCUGAAUUCCCCUUUUCGUGUACUGGUACAUAGCACGUAGCCUUUGCGGGAAGUAUGUACGGAGUUUUGGAAAUGCCAACCAACUUGAUAACAAAGCAUCUUGGCCCGGGGUGCUUCUGUUUGUCAAAGCGUUAUCCUCCUAUUGCCAUACAUGAUAUUAAAUGGCCCAUGCGGACCUCCCUGGA